AGAAAAGUUAUGAAAAGGAGUUUCUGUAUUUAAACAAAGAAUAUGUGCAUAGAAGGGCAUUGUUCAAUCAUGGCUUCUCUAAUCAUCAAGGCGGUGUUAGCAUAUCUAUUUCUGCUCGAAGUCUCAUUUCUUAACUCUGUUUUGGCAAAAUCUGAUACAUAUAUUAUUCACAUGGACUUAUCAGCCAUGCCUAAAGCAUUUUCUGAUCACCAUAACUGGUAUCUAGCCACUAUUUCUGCUGUAUCAGAUACUUCAAAGGCAGCUGUAACCCCCGCCUCUAAGCACAUUUAUACUUACACAAGUUCUGUCCAUGGUUUUAGUGCUAGUCUCACCAAUUCUGAACUUGAGUCUCUCAAGAAAUACCCUGGUUAUAUUUCUUCUACCCGAGAUCGUCCUCUCAAAGUCCACACAACCCACACAUCCCAGUUUCUUGGCCUAAGUUCUGUUUCUGGUGCUUGGCCGGCUACGAGUUAUGGUGAAGAUGUCAUCAUCGGAUUGGUUGACACUGGAAUUUGGCCAGAAAGUCAGAGCUUUAGUGAUGUAGGAAUGAGUUCAAUUCCCUCCAGAUGGAGAGGGAAAUGUUCUUCAGGUACCCAUUUUAAUUCUUCCUUGUGCAAUAAGAAACUCAUCGGUGCUCACUUUUUCAACAAGGGUCUACUUGCAAACAAUCCAAAGUUGAAAAUCUCAGUGAACUCUCCUAGAGAUACAAAUGGACAUGGAACGCAUACUGCAUCAAUUGCUGCAGGAAACUAUGUGAAAGGAGCUUCUUAUUUUGGUUAUGCCAAUGGUGACGCUAGAGGUACGGCUCCACGGGCUAGGAUAGCCAUGUAUAAAGCACUUUGGAGAUAUGGGGUUUAUGAAUCUGAUGUUCUUGCCGCAAUAGACCAAGCAAUUCAAGAUGGGGUGGAUGUAUUGUCCUUAUCUUUGGCCAUAGCCACAGAUAAUGUAUUUAUGGAAGAUGAUCCAAUUGCAAUAGCAACUUUUGCAGCUAUGAAAAAGGGCAUUUUUGUAGCAGCAUCAGCUGGAAAUGAUGGCCCUGCGUAUUGGACAUUAGUCAAUGGAGCUCCAUGGCUUCUAACAGUUGGUGCAGGUACUAUAGACCGUGAAUUUAAAGGAAUUUUAACUUUAGGUGAUGGGAAGAGGAUCAGCUUCAACACGUUGUAUCCAGGAAAAUCUUCUUUAAGCGAAAUACCUCUUGUUUUUCUGAAUGGAUGUGAGAAUAUGCAGGAAAUGGAGAAAUAUAAGAACAGGAUUGUUGUGUGCAAGGACAAUCUGAGUAUCAGUGAUCAAGUUCAAAAUGCAGCUAAAGCGAGGGUUUCAGGUGCUAUUUUCAUUACCGACAUUACCCUAUCAGAGUACUACACUCGAAGCUCAUAUCCAGCAGCAUUUAUCGGUCUAAAAGAUGGCCAAAGUGUAGUAGAAUAUAUACGAAGCAGCAAUAAUCCCAUAGGAAAUUUGCAAUUUCAAAAGACGGUUCUUGGCACAAAACCAGCACCAAAGGUGGAUAGCUACAGCUCAAGAGGGCCAUUUACAAGCUGCCAAUAUGUUCUAAAGCCAGACAUUCUGGCCCCUGGCUCAUUAGUCCUGGCGUCAUGGUCUCCUAUGAGUUCAGUAACCGAAGUUCGAUCGCAUCCAAUAUUUAGCAAAUUCAACCUUUUAUCAGGCACAUCAAUGGCAACCCCUCAUGUUGCAGGUAUUGCUGCACUUAUUAAAAAGGCACACCCUGAUUGGAGCCCUGCAGCCAUUAGGUCCGCCCUUAUGACCACAUCAAAUUCACUAGACAACACUCGAACCCCUAUUAAAGAUGCUUCAAAUCAUGAUUUACCAGCCAAUCCUCUAGACAUAGGAGCAGGUCAUGUUGAUCCUAACAAGUCACUUGAUCCAGGGCUUAUUUAUGAUGCAACAGCAGAUGACUACAUGAAGCUUCUUUGUGCAAUGAAUUACACAAAGAAACAAAUACAAAUCAUAACAAGAUCCAACCCCAACUGUGUAAACAAGUCUUUGGAUCUUAAUUAUCCAUCUUUCAUUGCUUAUUUUAAUAACGAUGACUCGGAUUUGAAUGAGAAAGUGGUACGCGAAUUUCGAAGAACUUUAACUAAUGUUGGAAUGGGAAUGUCAAGCUAUAGUGCAAAGGUGACACCAAUGUAUGGGGUAAGGGCGACUGUGGAACCAAAAGAAUUGGUAUUCAGGAACAAGUAUGAGAAGCUGAGCUACAAACUUACUUUGGAGGGUCCAAAAAUAUUGGAAGAAAUGGUGGUCCAUGGAUCAUUGAGCUGGGUUCACGAUGAAGGUAAAUAUGUCGUUACAAGCCCUAUAGUAGCUACAAGCCUAGUCCCAGAUUCCUCUUGACUAUAGAAAUGUGUAGCCAGUUGUGAUUGUAUUGCUAUUUACUAAGUGCAAUCAUGUGCAUCUAAUUAUUAUAUUCUUCCUUUCAAUUUCCCAUUCUUUUACUUA